AAAACAACAUUUAAACGUUGGAUAUAAAAUCAGCGGUAUCGGAAACAACAAGCGUCAGUUGCUGUUCCAGUACCACUACGGUUUGAUUUAAACUUACUUACACAGUGAAAACUUCAAACAGAACAACAUGUCCAUUAAGAGUUUUAUCAUCUUCGCCGCUUGUGCGGCUUCUGCUCUCGCCCAAUACUACCCGUUGGCGUACAAACCGGUGGCAGUGGCGGUGCCGAAGGCUUACGAACCGGCCUAUCCGCCGAUCCCCUACAGCUUCGAGUACAGCGUGAACGACCCGAGCACCUACGACGUCAAGAGCCAGGCCGAAUACAGCGACGGCAAGACCGUCAAGGGAUACUACAGCCUGUUGGAGUCGGACGGCACCAAGAGGACGGUCGAAUACACCGCCGACGAUUACGGUUUCAACGCCGAAGUCAAAAAGGAAGGCACCCCCUCGUACUACUCAGCCCCGGCCCCGGUGGCGUACAAGCCCGUUGCUUACAAACCGUACGUGCCUUAUAUGGCAGCUAAGUUGAUCAUCUUCGCCGCUUGCGUGGCUUCUGCUCUCUCUCAAUACGGCGCUCCCGCCUACAAGCCAGCCUACUCCGCCCCGGCUUACCCUGCACCCAAGGCUUACGCACCGGAACCCGAAUACGCACCAGCACCGUACAGCUUCGAAUACAGCGUAAACGACCCAAGCACAUACGACGUCAAGAGCCAAGCCGAAUACAGCGACGGCAAAACCGUCAAGGGAUACUACAGCUUGGUCGAAGCCGACGGCACCAAGAGGAUCGUCGAAUACACCGCUGACGACUACGGUUUCAACGCUGAAGUCAAGAAGGAAGGAACCCCGUCUUACAGCUCUGCCCCGGCUUACAGCAAGCCAUCUUACUCCGCUCCGUCUUACUCUGCCCCGGCUUACAAAGCCGCCUACCCCGCACCAGCCCCGGCUUACCCAGCGCCGUCCGCCUACCCAGCACCGUCUUACCCAUCACCCUCGUACGCCGCCCCGGCUUACAAACCAGCCCCAUACAAGGCAUACUAAGUGACAUAAUAAUUCAUUCACUUUCGUAAGGAAGACAUUGUAAAUUGUUGUGUUUGACUUCUUGUUAUCUGACAAACAACAGUCAACUAUGUAUCAUAAAAUAUAAAUAUAUUUAUUUAAUUUAAUAUGUUUGUAUUAUAUUGAAUAAAGUUUUAUUUAUUUGUACAAUUCA